UACUGUGCAGACCUGGAAGCCAUGUUUCUGUCACUCCCCACGCUGACAGUACUUGUCCCUCUGCUGUCAUUGGCUGGGAUUUUGUAUUCUGCCUCUGUGGAAGAGGACUUUCCCAAAGGGUGCACCAGCACAGCCAGUGUUUGUUUCUACAGCCUCCUGCUUCCAAUUACUUUGCCUGUGUAUGUGUUCUUUCAUCUAUGGACGUGGAUGGGACUUAAGCUGUUUAGGCACAAUUAAUUACCAAAUUGACUGUACACAUUGUUAUUGGUCAUUGUGGGGGAUAUCUUUAUGCUGGCCUGUAGCAAUUCUUGAUAAUAAUAAAAGGUGUCCUGCAAUGUAAA